AUGUCGAACAUCACUCGCGCAUUCACCAAGCGCACAAAGCGCCCGGAAGUGUCUGCGCCCAUGCCAUAUCGCGCCGACGGGCAUGUCCGCUUCAAUUCGGGCACUAUAAAGCGCGGCAACAUCUCGGGCCCCGUGCAGCUUCUGUCGACUACGAAUAUGCUCGCCUACAACGCUCCCGAUCUCAACUCUGCUGGCUCGUCGUCAUCGUCAUCAUUGCGUUCGGACUCCGACGCGGCCCUCUCUCCGCACAGCUACUCUUCCUCCAUCACCACCCCGGAUAUGUCGCCAUGUGAGACAUCUCCCGUGGAGGCGAACCCGUCUUACUUCCCCAAGCGCUCGGCGACGGUCACCAGUCACCCGCGCUCGUCAACUUCCUCCUCGUCCACCACCGAGGCCCCGGUGAUCCCGAAGCGGGCUCUCUCGCACACCAAACGGUCCCACCAGGAUCUGGCCCACAAGCGAUCCAUCUCACGCAUGUCCCCGCCCCCUCCACUGCACCCAUUCGGCAAGGAACUGGAGCAGGUGAACGAGGUCGCGGAGGAAUUCGGCAACUUCCGCGUGGUCGAUGAAGAGGAACUGGUGCUCCAUCGCAAGGGCCUCAAGAAAUUCUCCGUGGACGAUUAUCUCUCCGAAGUCGAGGAACUCUACGGGAGCAUCUUUGACGACCAACUGGGUCCCAUCAGCACUGGAGCCUGGCUGUAA